ACGUCAAAGUCGUAAACACAGUAAACUGUAAAUUUAAAAAUACUAAAAUCUAAUUCAUGCCGCAAAACAACUGAAAUUGUGACUAAAUAGUAAUUCUUAAAGUAAACUAACGGUUAUAAUGUUUCACUUGGUUUCAAAUGUCCCUAAUAAUCGUGAUGAUAUCUUAAAGUUUCAUACACAAACCGUCCCUCUCUUCUCUUGUGUUAAUGUUUACACUUUCCUCGUAACCGUUGCCAACCAAUUUACUUUUCUUUAAUGUUUAAUAAAUAUCGUAUCGUAUCAUCAAGCUAUCGAAAUACUGAGAGCUAAUAUUAAGAAUAUAAAUAUAUAUUCUUAUUCGUAGAACCAGUCAAAAUGAGGACCGUACCUAAAUGGGUAAAUAAAAUCCAUGAAGCCGAUAAAAUAGAAUUCUCGAGUGUCCAUACAAUAUGCUUUAGUCCAGACGGUACUCAACUAAUAGUUGGUGCAGGAGAGAAGGUUAUGGUGUAUGAUCCAAGAGAUGGUGCACUCCUUCAACUACUCCAGGCUCAUAAAGGACCAGUUUAUACAGUUGCAUAUUGUAUGGAUGGGAAGAAAUUUGCGAGUGGCAGUGCUGACAAAAAUGUCAUUAUAUGGACAUCUAAAAUGGAAGGCAUACUCAAGUAUUCGCAUAGUGAAGCAAUCCAGUGUUUGGCUUACAAUCCAGUGACCUUUCAUUUGGCAUCAUGCGCUAUCUCAGACUUUGCAUUUUGGUCAGCAGAUGUGAAAGCAGUACAAAAAUACAGAGUUUCAGGUCGUAUCACAUGCUGUGCAUGGGAUCAAGCCGGACAGUAUUUAGCAAUUGGUCUGGCGAUUGGAGCGGUAUCUCUUCGUAAUAAGCAAGGUGAUGAAAUUCAGAAAAUAACAAGGGAUGCUGCUGUAUGGGCAGUCACUUUCUCAAAGUCAGCUCUCCUAGUUACAGAUUGGAAUGAGACCCUCUCAUUCUAUAAUAUCCAGGGUCAACAAAUUUUAAAAGAAAGAAGUACAGGUUUGUCAGCUCUAUCGAUUUCGAUACUUGGAGCACUAAUUCUAGUCGGUGGAGUUGGCGGCUGGAGUGUACUAACCUCUGAAGGAGUCUGCAUAUUCACAACAGCGCUGGAGUGGGUCUGGUGUGUUGCACCCUCCACCACCCUUAAUACUAUGGCAGUCGCAUGUCAGGACGGGACUCUUUGGUGCUUUCAAAUAGUCUUCAACACAGUCCACGGCCUGUACCGUGAACGAUAUGCGUACAGGGAGAAUAUGACGGACGUGAUUAUCCACCAUUUGAUCACCGGGAACAAAGCUAGGAUCAAAUGCCACGACAGAGUGCAGAAGAUAGCUAUCUUUAAACAUCGACUGGCUGUCCAACUUCCUGAACGCGUAGUGGUAUACGAACAGGCAGAUUUAGAUGGCAUGCUAUACAGGGUGAAGGAGAAAAUUUCGCAACCAAACGAGUGUUCGCUCUUAGUGGCUACGAGCGACGCUUUGCUGUUAUGUCAAGAUACACAACUUGCAACAAUUGGUGUGAAGACGCCGAAGUCCUGGACGGUCCCAACUCCGAUACGCUACGUCAAAGUCACCACACUACAGUUCCGGGAGGUUUUACUUCUUGGAUUGAUGAAUGGCCAAAUAUGGGAAGUUGAGCCCAGUACGGGCGGUGCAAAGGUGAUGAUGCAGAGUCCGGGCAGCAUCCGAUGUCUAGACGUGAGCGCGUCUCGCGGUCGUAUCGCAGUCGUCGACGAGUCGUCCGUUUGUCGAGUGUACAGUCUGACGAAUGGGGAACUGCUUUAUUCAGAAGAUACUGUUUCAUCUGUCUCCUGGAACUCGUGGUGCGAUGAAAUGCUCUGUCUGUCCGGCGGUGGAGUGUUGUCUAUCAAAGCAGGUCACUUCCCGUCAGCUACACAACCUCUCACCGGUUCAGUUGUUGGCUUUCAGGGUGGUCGAGUAUUCUGUCUGCAAUCAAGCUCAAUGCAGACAAUACACGUGCCUCUCUCUCAUGCCGUACACCAAUAUGUCCAGCAGAAAAUGUUCAACGAGGCAUAUGCCGUGGCGUGUCUGGGUGUCACCCCUUUGGACUGGGAACGACUGGGCACUGCCGCGUUGGAAGAGUUGUCAUUUGAAGUGGCGAGAAAGGCUUUCCAGCGUGGCGAAAAUAUUGUGUUCCUGAAUCUCAUCGACCAACUGCAAGAGCGUUUCGAGAGCGGCGAGAACCGCGCAGUGAUUGUGGGCGACGUGUACGCGUACUGCGGGCGACACGCGGACGCGGCGCGCGCCUACCACAGCGCGGCGAGAGACGACCGCGCGCUCGCACUGUUCCUGGACCUGCGCAUGUUCAUCAAAGCGCAGGAAUAUGUGGGCGACGGCGAGGGAGUGACCAUGCUGGCGCGCCAGCGGGCGGAGUGGGCGCGCCGCGUCAACGAGCCGCGCGCCGCCGCUGAGAUGUACCUCGCCGUCGGGGACGUGAAGCGAGCCGCGCGCCUGCUCGCGGAGUACGGCCGCAGAGAUAUGCUUAUAGAGCUAGCGCGGAAGAUGGACAAAGGUUCGAGCGAAUCGCUUCGUCACUUGGCAGAGGCGCUGGUUGCUGUCGGCGAAUACACUACUGCGGGAGAUGUUUACCAAAGAUUAGGAGAUUUCAAGAAAGUGGCACAGCUGGCGGUGGCUGCCGGCGAGUGGUCUCGCGCGUUCACGCUCGCUCGCGAGCACGCGGACUGCAAGCGCGAGGUGUAUUUGCCGUACGCGCACCGGAUGGCGCAGGAGAACAAGUUCGUCGAAGCGCAGAGAGCGUACCAUAUGGCGGGGAAGACGGCGACAGCGAUGCGCGUGUUCGGCGUGCUGGUGACAAACGCAAUCACGGAGGAACGCUUCAGCGACGCGGGCUAUCUGUACCAUCUGCUGGCGACGCAGUGCCUCGACUCGGCUGCAACUGAUGACAAUGGUCGCGCUACAUCGCUGCAGCAGUACGCACUCAACGAGCGGCUCGCUCGCGUAUACCACGCGUACGAUGUCGUACAUCGGUGCGUGUACGAGCCGUUCUCUUUGGCGCAACCCGACGCGUUGCUGAACGCUGCGAGAUACGUGCUCGCGCUGCUGGACGGGGAGCCGCCGCCUGGUGUAUCCAUGUUUUGCUUGUACCUUUGUCUAGCGAAGCAAGCUAAAGUUGUCAACGCUAAUCUACUGGCACGCCAAAUGUUGGACAAAAUAUUAGGGCUACAAGUUCCACACAAGUUUCAGGAAGGUGUGGAACUGCUGAUGCUGAAGAGUGCUGGCAGUAAUAGCAGUAGCGGCGGCGAGGACGAGGUGGCACCGCUGUGCUGGCGGUGUCGCCGACACCUGCCGCCGCUCGCCGUGCAGUGUCCGCGCUGCAGGCACGACCUCACGCACUCACUGGCUACGCAUGAGGUACUGCCGUUGGUACGUUUUGAGCCUGCUGAGGGGAUCUCACAUGAAGAAGCAAUGGAUUUGAUCGACCGUACGCCCAUACCAGACGUUGAAAACGGGAAACUUGACGAUGCUGAAAUCUUGCGAAUAGGCGAAGAUGUGGAUUACACUGACCCAUUUCUAGAUAAAUAUAACGAGGACGACGAAGGCCUGGUCACCUGCAGUCGGCUGGCACUGCUCAGACUGAGCCCCGCGUGUGUGGUGAUGGUACACAGGACUCCGCUACCGCCGAAGUUCUACCGGAACAUGUUGCCGGAGUUGCCCAUCACGACCUGCCCUUCUUGUCAAAACCUCUUUUACUUGGAAGACUACGAGAUACAUUUGGUUACGAAGCGACAAUGCCCAUUCUGUAGACACCAGCCCGACGACUUGAAGAAGGAAGACGGCAGCGACGAUUCGAUGGCGAAUGGUUCUGGGUCAUCCACACCGCGAAGUCCUAUCGACGGACAGACCACCUUUCGGUAGUCAUUUAUAGUCCCAGACUAACUACAUAAGGACCUGCCUCGCUUGCUUGCUUCUGUAAAAGUAUAUGAUCAAAGAUCUAAUGCGAUUAUAAAAACUGUCUCUAUAGAAUCGAUGUUUCAUAGUUGUAAUCGUGUUCGUCGGUUAAAGAGCUCUGUAAAAAAUCCUUUUUGUGUAAAAAACGGGCAAAAUAUUCUAGUUUCGUCGUUAUCAACCCAUAUACGGCUCACUGCUGAGCUCGAGUCUCAUCUCAGAAUGAGAGGGUUUAGGCCAAUAGUCCACCACGCUGGCCCAAUGCGGAUUGGCAGACUUCACACACGCAGAGAAUUAAGAAAUUUUCUGGUGUGCAGGUUUCCUCACGAUGUUUUUCCUUCACCGUUUGAGACACGUGAUAUUUAAUUUCUUAAAAUGCACACAACUGAAAAGUUGGAGGUGCAUGCCCCAGACCGGAUUCGAACCCACACCCUCCGUUCUAGUUUGAUAUAUACCAAAUCUACUCGUAAGCUCAUUUUCCUCAGAAAGUGACAGACAAUUUGUUUGUGAAUUUGGGUGCGAUUGUAGUCCUUAUGUAAUUAGUCUGACUUUAUAGUAACUACUAGCUGUAUAUACGUAAUGUGUAGAUACUAGAGGUCUAGAUACCAAGUACUACUUUCUGCUAACUGGAUACAAUGACAACCUCCGUGGCGCAGCGGUAUGCGCUGCUAUUUACAAGACGGAGGUCCUGGGUUGAUAAAGGUUUUCUUAAUUCGUCCAGGUCUGGUUGGUGGGAAGCUUCGGCCGUGGCUAGUUACCACCCUACCGGCAAAUACGAACGGUCAAGCGAUUUAGCGUUACGGUACCAAGUCGUGUAGAAAUCGAAACGGGUGUGGAAUUUCCUUGUAACAAGAUUGCAUCAUCACUUACCAUCAGGUGAGAUUGUAGUCAAGGGCUAACUUGAUAAUGUUCUCGCAUUGCUCGAGUGGCUCGCAUUCGAUACGCACGCGCGGAAUUUGAUCAUUUAAUGUAUUAUAAAACACAUUCGCUCGUAAAGUAUCUCUUAUUUCACUAAUUUCAAUAUCGUAAUUUACCUCAUUACGCACUUGUGCCGUAAUGUAAUGUAAAACGCACGGUUUAUCAUCCGUCAUAAGACAAUUAGCCGCUUUUGUUAUAUAUAGGUAUAUAAUUAAUAAGACUUCCCAUCUAGGGUCAAUGGUCAAUUAUUAUGUAAUUAUUAGCUUUAAAUGUAACGGUGUUUUAUUUAGACAUGUAUAAGUAUGUUGUUGUGCUUUUUAACCGACUUCACAAAAAGGACUACCCGUUCGACGCAUAUGUUUUAAAGGCGUACGCAG